AAGUUAUUAAAUUGAAUUAUAUUUAAAUGUUCAUUGUUUAGUUUAUAUCAUUCAAUCAUCUAUUGAAAUUGAAUAAAAGUAAUUUUAUUUAAAAGAAGAAGAAGAAAGAAAAAUAGGCGAUAAAAUAUGAAAUUAAUUAAUUUUUAUUUGAUUACAUGUAUACUAUUAAUUUAUAGUGAUCAAGGAUUUUCACAUGAUGAUUAUGAUGAUGAUGCUAGUUCAUUUUUCGAUUAUGGAAAUAAUUUAUAUGGUGGAUAUUAUUCAGGAAAUUAUGAUGAUGAUCAUCAACAUCCACCACCAGAUAAUCCAGAUGGAGAAGGUCCACCACCACCACCACCACCCCCACCACCACCACCACGACCAUCACCACCAUCACGACCAUCACCACCAUCACGACCAUCACCACCUCGGAAUGAUGGUCAGCAGCAACAACAAAUGCCUCCACCACCUCCACCACCUCCACGUCGUGAAGAACCUCAAGGACCAGAUCGGCCUGAUGGUGACAGAGAUCAUUAUCGGCCACAUAAUAACCGCAGUUAUCAUCACCGAUAUUAUGAUGAUUUAGAUAGAUAUGAUAUGGAAGUGAGAGAUUUAGUUUUCAGUGGAUAUCAUCAUUAUAGACCAAAAUAUUAUGGAGAAGGUCAUGAUUUAAAAGGUGAAGCAGAGUAUGGUUAUACAGCAAAAGAUCCUACUAAAUAUGAUCAAUAUGGGAAUUAUUUACCUGAUUAUAGCAAUAAACCGCAAAAUACUCCACCGCCUAUACCUGCUCCCAGUGCAUUACAAAAUGGUGAUGGUGGAUCAAAUGGUAACGAAAAUCAUGGUCACACACCAAAAGAUCCUACCAGAUAUGAUCGAUAUAAGAAUUAUAUACCUAAUAAGCACGUAGAUCCGGAAAAUCUUCCACCGCCUAUACCUGUUCCUAAUGCAGGACAAAACGAUAAUGAUGAAGAGGAAAAUGAUAAACACGAUGAAGAAGAAGAAGAGAACGAAUCUAAGCCGAAAAAGUAUGUUAAAUAUAAGAAAUAUAAAACGUCAACCAAACGGACGUCACGUAGGAAAAACGGAAAAUCGAAAAAAUACAGAAAGAAAGGAAAGAAAGGAAAGUAUGGAAGUAAAGGAAAGUAUAAAAAAUAUCGGUAUAAGUAUACGACAGAAGAAAUGCCACAUCCAACACCAUAUCCAGAAGAGCCAGUUCCUCCACCAGAUGAGGAAGAAAACGAAGGAAGCCAAGAAGAGUGAUGGUGGUAAAUACAGAUGAGUCAAAUGCAAGCGAAAACAAAAUGAAAAAUGGUCUUUAUCUUAAGCUAGUAUGAAUUGUUGAUACAAAUGAAAUGUUAUAGUGAUAAUAAUAGUAAUGAUAAUAAUAAUGAUAAUAAUAACAUAACGCUAUAUAUUACAACUAAUAAAUACAAAUUCUUUAUUCAUUAAUUCAUUUGUAAAUGUAUUCAAAGUGAAAAAAAUAUAUACGAGUAAUUAAGAAAA